UCGUUGCUCGUGUGAGAUGGCGUGGUGUUAGCGUUGAUGGUCGUGUACCGCAAGGAGCCCACCAGCGUCCAGGAGCUCCCCCUGACCGGAAUAACGGCUGCCGAAGAGACUCCCCAUGAAGCGGGAAAGACGCCCCCCACCUCCCCCCAGAUGGAGCCCAGGGCCGUCCUCACCUCCAGGCCCAACUCACACCCCUUCCAGGAACGGCACCUUUCUCUGGACCAGCCGGUGAAGGUGGGGCGCUCGGUGGCGCGCUGCCGUCCGGCACACUACAAUGCCAUUUUCGACUGCAAAGUGCUCUCCAGGAACCACGCACUCCUCUGGUACGAGAACGGAAAGUUCUACCUGCAGGACACGAAGAGCAGCAAUGGGACGUUUGUCAACAACCAGAGGCUCAGCAAGGGGUCGGAGGAGUCCCCCGCCAGGGAAGUGUGCUCCGGGGACAUUGUGCAGUUCGGGGUAGACGUCGUUGAAAAUUCUAGGAAAGUUGUUCAUGGUUGUAUUGUUGCUACUCUUAAACUGUACCUGCCAGAUGGGAAGGAAGCAAAGGCCAGUCCUACUACUACAGUUGUGCCAUUAUCACCCGAGACCUCUGUUUCUUCUCAGGAAUUGUAUCAACUUUCCCAAUAUCUUCAGGAAGCUCUUCAUAGGGAACAAAUACUGGAAAACAAGCUCGGAACACUUCAGAAAGUCGUUGCCAACACCCAGGAUGAGUCUGACAUUGGAUGGAAGGCUCUCAUCGAAGAGGAUCGGCUCCUCAGUCGCAUCGAAACGUUGGAAAGCCAGUUGCAGACUUGUGGCAAGAAUGUGACGGAAGAAAAGCUGAAGGACGAUGUAGUGAAGCUGCAAGAAGAUAAAGACAAAUACCAAAUAGCAGCAAAAGAAUCAUUAAAAAAAGUUCUUCAAGAAAAGUUAGAAGCCAUUAGGAAAGUUCAAGAUCUAGAAAACUCUCUUAGCAACACGGAAAAUGAAUGCACCCACCUAGGCGAGAUGAAUCAGAAGAAAGAACAGGAGAUUCAACUCUUAUUAGAGAAAAGCACAGAGAGUGAGAAGGAAAUUGCUAACUUGACGACCAAGCUCCAGGAGCUGGAGGAAAAGUAUCAAGACAUGUUGAGUCAAACUGCCGAGGACAAGUUGGUUUUGGAAAACAACACGGAAGAGAUGAGAAAAGAGGAACAGAUUCUUUCUGCUAAAAUUGAAGCUUUGCAAGCUGAAAAUGACUUUGCAAAGGAACAAUUAAGUGCCAUGAAAGCCCAUUUUGACAUUCUCAAGAAAGAUAAUGAUCCAGAUGAAACAAUUGAAAGGAAUGGAAAUCUCUCUGCUGACGAUCACAUAGACUCUGCGGAAGAGACGGAAAGGAAGCUGAUCCAGCACCUCAAUCGUGAAGUGAAUCGGCUUUCCUCGGAACUCGAAAGGGUUCGGACGGAAAACCGAAAAAACGAGGCCCACUCGUAUACCGAUAACGAAGAUUUCAAAACCAAUGGAGACGCUAAGCCUAGCGACUAUAUAAAUAAAUUACAAGCUGAUAUACAACAACUGAAGAAAGUCCUGAGUGAAACCAGAGACAACAAAAAAGUAGUUGAUGUGGAGUUGUUGCAAGUCAGAGCUCAGUUAGAUGAAGUACAAACCAAUGCCAAGAAGGUAUCUGCCGAACUACGUAACGUUCAGGAACAGUUAUCCACUGCCAGGCAACAGGUGAAGGAGAAGACGGAGCAUGUGUUAGAAUUAGAAUGUAAGUUAUUAUCAUUAAUUAAAGAAAAAGAAUCCGAAAGUGAAAAAGAAUUAGGAAUAGAAUUUAUGAAGGAUGGCAGUUAUCCAGCCAAAGAAACUUCUUCAGAAGCUCGAGAUUCCUCACAUAAGUUUGGAAUUGAAGCAGUUGACAAACAAAACCAGCUCAAGAGUUUGUCUGCAAUGACCAACUUUGAAGAGGAGUGCGCUUUGCACAGAGAGAAGGUCAGAACAUUGGAAGCUGACCUCAUCAAGUGCUCGGUGGAGAACUCGAAGCUGGAGGCGCUGAAUCGGAGCCUGAAGGAGCUCUGCGAGGGGCUGGAGAGUGCCAAGUCUGCCCUGGAGAGGAGGGACGGAGACUACUGGGACAGACACACGGUCGUCGCCAAGUCCGAACUGGACGCCUCGGCCAGGAGGUUAUUGGAUGCUCAGGAAGAAAUAAUCCUAGUGAAGGAGCGCUACGAGGAGUGCAACAAAGAGAAAUCGUACCUUCAGGGGGAGUUGAGUUCCUUGAAAGAACAGCUCGAACUUCUGUCAGUGCAGUCCAAGACGGUGUCCGUGUGUUCGGUGAUCCCGCUCAUCAUCCUGGCCGUGGCCAUCAUGCUGGCCUUCUAUCCCACGCUGUCGCACCUCACCGCCACCUUCGACAGGCCCUGACCCCCCCCAGGGGGCCCCCCCUCGGCCCCCCACGCACGCCACGAGUAACGUUUAGAUUGUUUAUCAUUUCCCUCUUAUUUGUAAUUAGUGUAUUGUAAUAUUUUAUUGACAUGGACUCUGAAGCAUGUCAUCUGUACAGUCAAGUGAAAUUUAUUUGAUCAAUUUUGAAUAAAAAUGUAUUAUGUUUCA